AUGGCUUCGUGGUUCGGUGCCGGCACGUCGGCCAUGGACGAACAGGUCGAGAGAGCAACCUCAAGCAGUCUAGAGGAUAUUGCUCUCAAUCUGGAGAUCACAGAUCUGAUCCGAAGCAAGACAAUUCCGCCCAAGGAGGCAAUGCGCUCGCUCAAACGAAGAAUCGCCAACAAGAACCCAAACGUCCAACUGGCCGCUCUCAACCUGACCGACACGUGUGUUAAGAAUGGCGGAGAGCACUUCAUUCAAGAGAUUGCCUCGCGCGAGUUCAUGGACAACCUCGUAUCAUUCCUCAACACGCCGCUGAAUGACGAGGUCAAGACGAGGAUCCUCGAUCUGAUCCAGUCUUGGGCUACUGCCGCUACAGGCCGCUCCUCCCUUGGCUACAUCGACGAGACAUACCGCUCCUUGCAGAGGGAAGGCUUCCGCUUCCCUCCCAAGACUGAGGUCGCCGCAACCAUGUUCGACAGCAGUGCUCCACCCGAAUGGGCCGAUUCCGAUGUCUGCAUGCGCUGCCGAGAACGCUUCACUUUUACCAAUCGCAAACACCACUGCCGAAACUGCGGAAACGUCUUCUGCGGUCAAUGUUCGUCCAAGUCGAUACCCCUGCCUCACCUUGGCAUCCUUCAACCUGUCCGUGUCGACGACGGCUGUUACACCAGGCUUACCGAAAAGUCGCGCGCCACUCCUGUACCUUCCUACAUCAAUGCCAUGAAGCCUCCGAACCCUGGUCGUAUGCAAGCCCGUGACGCUCGCGUGGCUGAAGAUUCGUUCGACGCCGACUUGAAACGAGCACUUGAAAUGAGCUUGGAAGAAUCAAAGGGCCACUCCGGUGCUGGAUACGUGCCGCAAUCACAGAUGGCGACACCAAAGCCAGUCCAAAAGGCGCCCACACCAAAGAAAGACGAAGAAGACGAUCCAGAGUUGGCAGCUGCAAUUGCUGCAUCUUUGGCAGAUAUGGAGGAGCAAAAGAAGAAACACACUGCCAACUUCAAGCAACAACAACAACAAAGAUCCAGCACGCCCAGCGUCUACGCACCCAAGACCAACAACGAGCUUACGCCUGUUGAAGCCGAGAACAUCAACUUGUUCGCUACCCUAGUCGAUCGCCUACAACACCAACCACCUGGCGCCAUCUUGCGUGAGCCUCAACUUCAAGAGCUGUAUGAGAGCAUCGGGUCGCUGAGACCGAAGCUGGCAAGGACAUAUGGAGAAACGAUGAGCAAGCAUGACACACUUCUUGACCUUCACUCCAAACUGGCUACCGUUGUGAGAUACUACGACCGCAUGCUGGAGGAGCGCCUGUCCAACACUUAUAACCAAUCUCGAUAUGGAGCUCCUCGACCCCAGUCUGGAAACAUGUAUCCAUCCCUGUCUGCUGGUGUUGGAGCACCACCUACCGCUCCCAUGGGUGGGGUUGAGAGUUACUACAACAGCUCGGCACCAUCAAUGGAUUCGCACGCCUACAACCAGAGCCCUUAUCCUACCUUCAACCAACACCAAAACUAUGCUCAACAGGCGUAUACACAGCAAGCACCUGCCGAAGCUGCGUAUCAACAACAAUACCCUCAAUACCCACCCCAGCAACAAGCUCCCAGCACUCCUCAUCUACAACAACAAUCCUACUCGCAACAACCUCAGCAAUACGCUCCCACUCCACAACAAAACCCUGUCUCUCCUCCUGAGCAUCACCAGUCGUACUCAGAAUCUUCUGCUCCCCAACCUGUGAGCCCAGAGUCGUAUCCUCAACCCUCCCAACAACACCAACAACCCCCACCCCAAUUCCAGCAGCCGUACCAACAGCAGGCGCCACCUCAGCAACAUCAGCAAUACACGCAACCUCAACCUCAGCAACAACAGUGGCCUCAGGCACCCUCGACACACAACGGUUAUGGUCAAGAGAGCUUCCCGCAAGCACCACAGAAUGUUCCUGUCCAGCCAAAGGUUGAGGAAAGUCUGAUUGAGUUGUAG